GUGCUCCGGAUGAUCCCGGUACUGCAGCGCCACACACUCAGUGAAAUGUGUGUUUGAGUGAAACUCGUCGCUGGCUGUUGUUCCCGAUCGGCCAUCACAGCAGCGACAAGCCGAGGAGGAUCACUUCAAGGUCCGGAGCAGGGAUGUGUUUUACCCGCUGAUCAUCAGACGAUCAUUUCAUCUCAACCCCCAACAGCAGCUCCUGAACGCACCACCGACAUCUUGGCUUUCUUGGUCUAAAAAUCAAACAAAAACUACCCCGAAAAAAAUCAUCCGUCUGCCCCUCUCAAGUAUCGGAUCAUCUUGGUGGUUUUCCAGGCAGCAACAUCGGGAUAAUGGCAGAGCAUCUGUCCCAGAGUGAGCUGGACUACCCAUUCAAACUUCUGGAGUAUUUCAAUGGCUUCAGGGUCUCAAAGGUGAUAUUUUCAGCCUGUGAGCUGGGAGUGUUUGACCUGCUGCUGAGGUCCCAGGAGCCCCUGAGUGCCCAGCAUGUAGCCCGGGAGCUGAACACCAGUGUGGACGGGAUGGAGAGGCUGCUGGACGCACUGGUGGGCAUCGAGAUCCUGGAGGUGGAGACCGCAGACGGGACAGCUCUGUACAGCAGCACAGAUGUGGCUAAUCUCUACCUGGCCAAAGCCAGCGGCAAGUCUCUCCAUGACAUGAUCAUCUACCAAUCUCAGACCAUCUACCCACUGUGGAACAACAUGGUGGACGCCGUCAGGGAAGGGAAGAAUCAGAAUGAAAAGACCUUCGGCCUUCCACCAGAGGAUAUCUUCCAAGCUAUUUACAGAUCAGAGGAGGAGAUGCUGAAGUUCAUGGGUCUGAUGAACUCCUCGUGGGUUCUUGACGGACAUGACAUAGUGACGGCGUUCAACCUCUCCUGCUUUCAGAACAUAGUAGAUCUUGGGGGAUGCACUGGUGCUCUGGCCCGUGAGAUGGUGAAGGCGUACCCGUCCUCCUCUGUGACGGUGUUCGACCUGCCGCAGGUCGUAGAAACAGCUCAGAAACAUUUCUCUCAGGAGAACGACACUGUUGUUUUUCAAACUGGAGAUUUCUUCAGUGGUGAAAUCCCUCCAGCAGAUCUUUACAUCCUGGCCAGAAUCAUCCAUGACUGGCCUGAAGAGAAGUGCCUCACACUGCUGAAGAAGAUCUAUAACGCCUGCAGACCAGGCGGCGGCGUCCUGCUGGUGGAAGCCAUGCUGUUUGAGAACAGACGAGGGCCUGUCACCGCUCAGAUCUUCUCCCUCAACAUGCUGGUGCAGGCAGAGGGCCGCGAGCGCCCACCGUCCGAAUACACCCACAUCCUCAACAAGACCGGUUUCCACAACGUGCAGGUGUGCCGGACAGGCAAGUCCUACGACGCCAUCCUGGCCACCAGAUGAGCUAGGGACCAUCGAGAGGCACGUCCCUCAAGUCUGGAGAAGUAAAGAAAGUUGAAUUUGAACUUUUGAAGAACUUGAAAAGGUUUUGAUGUGGACAUAAACGUAUAAGCUCUGAAAAAAACUUGUCUCAGCGCACAUGGACCCCCAGUUUAUGUUGUGGUCGCCCCUUGUGAUAUUUUCAGGUAUUGUGAUUGCAGUUAAACUUGUUUUUUAAGGAUCGCACUAAUACAAAAAUUCUCUAGUUUGAAGUUGCUGCUGGAUGAUAUUUCUGAACAAUUUUUGCCUCCACAAACCAUCAAAAUGUAAACAAAUUCUUAAUCAAUUCAGGUUUAAGGAAUAGUUUGACAUUUUCUGGAAAUCUAGAGUUAGAUGAAGAGGAAAACUAUAAACUAUUUGGCAUCGCGUUUUAUGGAUUUUCAGCCAAAAUACUGGGCCAAUAUCACAUAAACUGUCUGUAAAUAAUUUGCAAAAUUUUUUUUUUUUUUACAUGUGAUGUAUAUUUAUAAAUCUUGAUAACUUUUAUUGAUAUUUUUUCAUCUGAUUUUUGCUUUUUUACAUAUAUAUAUAUAUUUAAAACAAAUACCAGUAAUGUAAUUUACUAAUUGAUCCAGGUAAAAUAAUCAGAUGGGGAGCAGAUGUGAAGAUAAAAUGAAUAGUUUAUUACAGAUAUUUCAGGCAACAGUUUUGUCAGUUUGCACACUGUUGAAAAAAUGCCUGUGCAUUAAUUAAUUCUUAUUUGGGGACUACUUUUAUUAUUAAGUAAUUACAAUAACAUCAAACGUAAAAACAACAAUGCUGCCAGGCAUCAUGUUAUUCAUUUCAUAAUCAUUAUGACACAAAUGAUGCACAAAUCUCUACAUAGUUUGUGAAUAAUUAUCCAUUAAUGGUACACCAUUAAAUGACAUGUAAAGGAGUACAGCGAGAAAAAUGCAAACCAACUUCAGUGGUCAUUAUUCCAAAUAGAAUAUUGUCAGUUUUCUCUUUUUUGCAAUGCAUGAAUAAUUCCUAAAUCUUAGUAGAAAUGUCAGUCUUUUCAAUUCAUUGACCUCUUUCAUGAAUUCACAUCAAAAACCUGCUGAACAUGGAUAUUAAUGCUUUUUUAUUGUUUGAUUCCAAAACAUUUAAAUGCAGCAAGCUAGAGAGAAACAGCUGUGUGUUGUGCUGUUGGGUUUUCCGUGUGACUGUUCUUCCACCUUUCCUUUUCAAUGUGAUGAGUUCACGUUCCCUCUCAGACUGCAUGUAAAUCAGACGCUUCAGGACAAACCUCAGUUUACCUCCAUAGUCCUCCACUGGUGUUAGAAAGUUAUCAUUUUCCUGUUUUUGGUCUGUUAGUUGUGUGAAGGAAAAAUCACUAUCGUGCUGUUAAAACUAACCUUUACUUAUUUAUGUUUCCAGAAUAUCUUGUGUUUACAUCAAGUAAUUAAAAUCAUCUCAGCUGUUAAUAGGUCAUGGGAAUGUCACAUAGAAUACAUACCGCAUAUCAGUGUAAAUGUUUGCAUGUUAUAGAUGAGGUGUGAAUGCAACAUAUCAAGAUGUUUGAUAGAAACAUAUCAAAACUGUCAUUUUUGUUAGUUUUCUGUCCUCUGAUCAUUACACAUGUUGGCAGCAUGCAUCCUACAGAUUAAAUCAAAGAUAUACAUCUUGUUUGUUCUUUUUGAGGAGUUCAUUUUUCAGAAUCUGUUAUUGUUUCAGUUUUCUACAUUCUAUAGCUGCUGAAAUGGCACAAAAAAUAAAUAUUCAAUAAUACUAUAUAUUUUUCUGAUAUCGGCCAUUCUGCAUAAUGAGUACUUUUACUUUUGGUAUUUUAACCUAAUUUUAAUGCUGAUAACACUUUGAAUGCAGGACUUUUAGUAUUUUGUAAUCAUGUGGCAAUGCUCCUUUUGCCUAUAUAAUUUGAAUACUUCUCCCACCAUAGUUUUUAUUUGAACUAAAUUGCUUUUUAAAAAAUUAUUAGUGUGGCCUCUUUUAAAGAUAACGCUGUGUGUAUUGUCGGAAAAAGGAGUCAACCGAGCAACAUGGGUUUGGAUUAGGACACUGCAAAUAUAACGAUGACACAUUUUUUUCCUGCAUUAUAUGCAGCUGGAUUAAAUACAUUAACUGACGUAAAAUAUGUGAGUACUUUU